UCCCUCUCUCCUCUCCUCUCUCCUGUGCUCUCUUAGUCAAGCCUGCUCUGUGAGCACUUAGAUGGAAUAGCAGCAUUUUUCCUCUUUGGUGUCACUGGUGGAAACUGGAAACAAGGUGUUUUAAGGGGGAUAAAUAAGAUCCAGAUCUGGUUAGGUAACUGGCUUGUUCAAGUGGGACCAGCCCUGGAGGAAGCUCCUGAAAGGCAGUGGUGAGUGGUCGGGGUUCCUGAGUGGUGCAGUCAUGGGCAGGCCGGAGGGGUUGGCCAGGCCACCUCUGGUGCUAGCUAUGGCGCUCCUGGCUCUCUCUCUCCUCUUCACAGGGGUCUCCAGCCUCCCACAGCCGCUGCCAAGAGUCUUCCUCUCCUUUGAAGACCUGCAGGUCUCCCCCUCCUUUGAACACUACAGUAUAUCAGACAAGGCCAUGGACUACAGGAUCCUGCAGAUGGACGAGGACCAGGACAGGAUGUAUGUGGGCUGCAAAGACCAUGUCCUCUCCAUGGACAUUAACAACGUCACCCAUGGCACACUUAAGGUGUUUUGGCCUGCGUCUACAAGCAAGAUAGAGGAAUGCCAAAUGGCAGGAAAGGACCCCACGCAUGGCUGUGGGAACUUCAUCCGGGUGGUGCAGCCUUAUAACAGAACUCAUCUGUUCAUGUGUGGCAGCGGAGCAUACAGUCCCGUCUGUGCGUACAUCAACAGGGGCCGCAGACCAGAGGAACAAGUAUUUCACAUCGACUCGAGGACCGAAUCUGGAAAAGGGAGGUGCUCCUUCAACCCUCAAGUGAAUACAGUCUCCGUUAUGCUUAACCAGGAGCUGUUCUCAGGCAUGUACAUUGACUUCAUGGGGACAGAUGCUGCCAUCUUCAGGAGCCUGACCAAGAGAAAUGCAGUGCGAACAGACCAGCACAACUCUAAGUGGCUUAGUGAGCCAAUCUUCAUUGACGCCCACCUGAUACCAGACGGAACAGAUCCCAACGAUGCCAAAUUGUAUUUUUUCUUCCGUGAGAGGUUGACAGAUAACAGUGGAAAUACUAAAAAUAUCCACACCAUGGUGGCCAGAGUGUGUCCAAGUGACAUCGGAGGACAGCGGAGCCUGGUGAACAAAUGGACCACCUUCCUCAAGGCCAGGAUGGUGUGUUCCGUCCUGGAGGAAGACGGCACCGAAACGCACUUUGACGAACUGGAAAAUGUGUUUUUGCUGGACACCGAUCAGCCCAAGGGCCUGUUGGUGUUUGGAGUCUUCACAUCUACAAGCUCCGUGUUUAAAGGCUCAGCAGUGUGUGUGUACAACAUGGCCGACAUCCUUACCGUCUUCAAUGGGCCCUUUGCUCAUAGAGAGGGGCCCAACUUUCAGUGGGUGGCCUUCCAGGGGCGCAUCCCUUACCCAAGACCAGGAACUUGUCCCGGUGGAGCCUUCACACCUGACAUUCAUACUACAAAGGAGUUCCCAGACGACGUGGUGACUUUCGUACGGAACCACCCAGUCAUGUUCAACCCCAUCUACCCAGUAGGGAGGAGACCUCUGGUGGUUAGGACCAACGCUGACUACAAAUACACAUCAGUGGCAGUGGACCAGGUUAUGGCUGCCGACGGCAACUACCAAGUGCUUUUUCUGGGCACAGACAAAGGUACAGUACAGAAGGUGAUUGUGCUGCCAAACAAUCAAUCCCUGCAUGAAGAUCUGAUCCUGGAGGAGCUGGAAGUGUUUAAGAAUCAAGCUCCUGUUACAAACUUGAGAAUAUCCUCAAAAAAACAACAGCUGUACGUCAGCUCGGAGUUCGGGGUCUCGCAGGUCUCCCUGCACCGUUGUCACGCUUACGGCUCGGCAUGCGCUGACUGCUGCCUCGCCAGAGACCCCUACUGCGCCUGGGACGGACUCAGCUGCUCUCGCUUCUAUCCCACCGGCAAAAGGAGAAGCAGAAGGCAGGACAUUAUGCAUGGAAAUCCACUCACUCAAUGCAGAGGAUUCAAUCUAAAAGCCUACAGAAACGCUGUGGAGAUGACGCAGUACGGCGUGAAAAACAACACCACCUUCCUGGAGUGUCUUCCCAAGUCUCCUCAGGCCUCUAUCCGCUGGCUCAUUCACAGGGACAAUGACAGGAGGAAAGAGGUGAAGUUGAGCGACCGUGUUGUCUCAACGGAGCACGGCCUCCUUAUCCGCUCCGUCCAGCUGUCAGACCAGGGCCUUUACUACUGCCUGACCACCGAGAACAGCUUCAAACGCACCGUCGCGAAGAUCCGCCUGCGAGUGCUGAGCGAGGCCAUGGUGAGCGUGCUGACAGACAAACAGCAGUCGCCGUGGGCAUGGGCCAGCUCGUUGCAUCCCAAGGAACUACUGUCAGCGUUCAGUCCAGCGGAGAGCCUGGCUGUACAACAAUACUGCAAAGAAAGGAAGCAGCUCCAGACUCUCCAGCAGAAGCAGCAGCAGCAGCAGCAGCAGCCUCAGCCACCUGGACCUCUCAGGGGGGACCUGGCCAAACUGAAGCCCCUGUUGGACCGGAGGAAGAGCCGCAACCGCCGCAAUCACCUCCCAGAGGUCUGACACAGGAAGGUGCAGGAACUGACACGAACACCUUCUUCUGUUUUCUAUACCCAGACCCUAAUUUUCCAAACUCUCAUCUCAAACUGCAGAGCUGCACUGUGGAUGUACAGCAAACGAGGGGGUGGGUGUGGGGAGUUGUUAUUCGGCAAUAUCUCUUUUUCUUGCAUGAGGUACUGUGACCAGAUGACUGUGACAUUAACUAAAACACACGCACAGGCACCCACGAGCAAUUCAUUUGCUGUCGCAGUCACAACAUGGACUGUGGCCCUGUUAAGAGUGUCACUAAUAAACUGGGCUCUAAGCCGAUAUUGCUCAUGAUAAUACGCCUUGAGAUGCAGCUAUGGUCAAUGAUCUUAUCAUAUUUUAGAUAUUAGAGGGAGAAUUUGGACUGGCUGGAUAUUGGCUCACAAUGGAUUUGUUCUUUGUUCACAAAAAAUGGGGAUCAUUUGAAGUUAUGAUAGUAAAUAGGGGAGAUUGAAAAGGGACAAAAGGGAGAAAGAUGCAUGCUUGGAAGUGAGCGCCCUCUCAAAGUUUAAUAUUAGUAUUUUAUUAGAUUCUACUCACAUUUCUAUAUUUACUUUAAGCUAACAAAAUUGUCUCUGUUCAGUAAAAUGACUUUGUGGGCACACAUAGGGAGAUAAAAAGUCAAUUUGUGAAAAGAAAAUGUUUUUUUUUUUCAUGGUUUGACUGCCUCCCAAACUGUCUACAAUAGCACUGUUCAUACAAAGGCCAGAUGGUAAGUGGUCCCCAUAAAAAGUGUUAUAUUACAACGCGGUAAGUUUAAAAAAAGGAAUUAGUUCAAAAGCGAAAUUUAACAUCCAGUGCAGAUGUUACCUAAACAGAAAUAGUUGUAAAAUACUGAUUAGCAUAUACAAUUUGGUCUGAGCUACGUGAUCUCUCCUAUAUUUAUUCCUAUGACUCAGACGUACAGUACAUCUAAAAGAAUGUCUCACUGUAAUUCAGCUGCAUAUCAUAUCAUAUGUCUCUUGUUUCUAGAACAGAAGCAUGUUUAUAGAAAUGUAUCAGUAAUGUAGAGGUAUCUUAUUCCUUGCCUGGAUUAGUUUUGAGUAACAAGCUGAUACACACGUUUAAGUUUAUCAGAAUAGUUUACAUCAAAAGGUAGAUGCCUAAACUUGACAAUAUCCUUCUUUGGAUCCAUAUUUUCCACAUUGUCUACAGCAAAGUGGACACUUCAGAAAUAGUAAUGCAUUGAUAUGUGAAUAGACUUUUUUUUUAAUAGCGUAGUUAAUGUUGUUUGUGUACAUAAUAUAUUUUUGUUUGUUUUAUCCUUUUAAUUUAAUGUGCAGAUUCUUUUGUCAAAAUGUGUAUAUAAUUUCAACAUAUUUCACCAGCUAUGACUGUAUCUGCAAAUUGCAGAGACAACUGGUAUUAUUUUCAUUUUGAGAAAAGACUCUAGUUGUACCUUCCCUCUAAACAGAUCUCUGCUCCACGUUUAAUAAAUCUGUGUGCCAGCAUCAUGUCCACUCAGUGUAAUUUCAGUGUUAUGAAACAUGUAUUUCUAUUUAUUAAUGUCAUGAUAGCCUGAAUAAAUCUGUUCAGAUGAAUCUCAA